AUGCAUCUCACCUCGCGGACCUUGAAGACCAUCGCCUGGUCCACCCUCGCGUUCACCACCGCCAAUGCCCAGUACAUAAUAGACAAUCUCAGCUUUGGCCAGAAAGAAGGCGAGCCCAUAUCGCCGAACCUCCGCGCAAUUCCACACUAUUUCGCCAAAGGUCUCGGCUGGGACAUCGAGAUACUAUCCGAUCGCGCCGUUCUCACACCGCCGUGGCCCGGAAACAGACGUGGAGCUCUAUGGAGCGAGGACCCAUUGCACCAUGGUGGAGACUGGUCCGCAGAGCUGCAGUUCCGCGCCUCAGGCAUGGAGCGGGGUGGUGGGAACUUGCAGCUGUGGUAUACCAAAGAAUCGCAGAAGAACACAGACCCGGCGAGCUUGUACACCGCGCCCAAGUUUGAUGGGUUGGUGCUAGUCGUCGAUCAAUACGAAGGACGGGGCGGAUCGGUGCGUGGGUUCUUGAAUGCAGGCGACAUCGAUUUCAAGGCGCAUCAUGAUCUGGACCAGCUGGCUUUUGGACAGUGCAACUACCCUUAUAGGAAUCUGGGACGCUUCAGCGUGUUGAAGAUGCAGCAGGCGAAUGGCAAGUUUGAAGUCACUGUGGACGGCUACUACUUCGGCAUCAGCGCCUCUUCAGCCGAAAACCCUGAUUCCUUCGAAGUCUCCAAAUUCCUCGUCUCCACCACAAAUGCCUACACCCGCGAGGAGCCCGGCUCCCAGAACCAAUACCAAGCCGCUCAGAACCCCAAUCAGCAGCAGCAGCAAGACCAAAACCAACAGCAAAAGGUGCAACCCCCGCCCCGCGUUCACGGCAACUGGCUCCAGCGCACGCACGAGCAGAACAAGCCCAUCGACCCCAACAUCCCCCAAAUAGUCGAAGACGUCUUCGCCGCCAACAUAAAAUCGCAACAAGACCAAUUCGCCGAUCUGCACAACAGGCUGCAAAUCAUGAACCACAAGAUCGACGGGCUGUACGACCUGCUCGAAAAGGUGAUUGCGGAUAACGACCAGCGGUUCGACCAGCUAAUGGGCAGGGUCACGCCGAUGCACGACCAGAUAGGCGCGACAAUGCGGAACGUAGAGAAGGUGGAGCGCACGACGAUGGAGACGCUGAGGGAUCUGGAGAGCAAGGAUUUCAAGGAUCUGUUGAGGAGUGUGCAGCUGUCUAUUGAGCGAGGACACGGCGCGUUGAGCAACAAUCUCCCCGCGGCGAUCACAGAUAUCGUCGACAAGGGAAGACCUAGCAUGAUGAUCUUCAUAUUUGUUGUUAUCGUGGUGCAGGUCAUGGUUCUGGGCGCAUACCAGUUGUACAAGAAGAGGAGGAACAGCGCGCCAAAGAAGUAUCUAUGA